CUUCAGCCUGGUUGGUUAGGCUCCUCCGACAAAACCCAGUGUGAACUUUGUCACUUCAACUUCGCCAUGGAGAGGAGGCCCAAACCAUUUUAUAUGUAUUUAUCCAACCCUGGUACUGUGGGAGACAGAUGGCGCCUUGUGUUUGAUAUAGUGUGUCUGUGUCUUUUGUCGCCCACCACGUUAACAGUGGUGUCCCUGUGUAUUUACGGCGCAUCCUUAUACCCUCCCUACAGAGCGGAAUUUGUGGGUCUUUUAAUACUAGGAAUAUUCCUGUUAGUUCUGUUUUCCGUGUGGUUGGGGAUAUGCCUACGCAUGAACAUAACCAAAUGGAAAGAAUGGAAACAAUUUAACCAAAAAGUAAAAUUGAAAUGUAGCCCACCAAAGGAAGACAACAGGUACACCCAAAGAUCCCAAGAGGCGGGCUUACAGUCCACAGGAAAAGCUAUAACAAGACUGGGGUCACAGAUGGGGAUGAAGAUAAGCAGUAUAGAAAUCAAAGUAAUAACCCAAGGCGAAGACAACAGACCUGUCGCAGCGUCAGAUGACUCUGUAAGGAAGAAACCGCCAAGAAAACGAGGCAUGGCGUCUGUUUCACGACCCAUCCCCCCUAUCUCCAACAUUUCUCAGUAUUAUCAUAGGGAGGGUCCAUUUGUCCCCGAGACUAGACAGAGUCCCGCUAAGUCAGACGAAAUCCCCACAGAACAGUGCGCGAGGAAUUGCAUCUCAUCCUCAUCCUCCAGGGAGAAUUCUUCAAUAGGCCAACAUAGAAGAAGGUUGACCCCUGUAUACCGGGGCGGACAUCAUAGACGGUACUCCAAGACAUCUUCUACAGAGGAAUCACGAUGUCCCGAAUCUCUUUACAGUUCCUCGUCACGAGAAAACGGGAGUCGGAUAUCUAGCACACCUCGCAAUAUGCCCGACCCACAGGCCAGGUUAUCAUUCCCAGUGCAUGAAGUUAAAUCGCCUGGAGUGCAUGACUAUAAUUCGACUGUUGUGUAUCCUCAGGAAAGAUACAUCUAGUUAUUAAGAAAUAUGUGUUAAGCAAAAUACUCUAUCAUAUCUCGGCAUGUUUUUUAGUGAUUUGUUGUCAUUGCAGAUAAAGAAAUGAUAGAAUUUU